AAUAAUAAUAAAAACUGAAAUGUAUUUGUGAAGGCUUUUGCUUUGAAUUACUCUUUUACCUGGAAUUAUGAAUAUAAAUUUGUCUGUUUAAAAUUUAUCAUCUAGUUACGUGUUUCUAUUCAGUCCAGAUAUGCAGGGUUGUACUAUAGUUAAAUGGAUUAAAAACAAAAUAGGCUUUGAUGGCUAUAUACUGUAGGUAUAAAGUAUAUGUUGACAGCUAGGACUGUGUUCGUCUUAGGUUUGCAAGCAGAAAGAAAACUGUACAUAUAGAAUCAACAACACAGCCGCACAAGUCGCCUCUUCCCCAAUAUAUGGAACUAAGACCUGCAUUUGAUCGAGCCCAAGAUAAAAUAAGACAAUUAGAAUUACAAUUAGAAGAAUUUAAAAAAGAAAUGGCUGCUCAAGAAGAAUGGCAUAGUCAAAUGUAUUUGAAAAUGUAUAGGAAAGGACAAGAAGCAGCAAAAUUUGAACAUGCUGAUGAAGUACUUGAAUUUGCCCACACAGCACCAAAACGGGUCUCUGUUCCUGAAUUAUUACAACAGUUGCAUCAUACGGAACACGAAUUAGAAAGGACAAAACAACUGUAUAGAUGUGAACUCUACAAACAGGCAGCUAAAGGAAAUGGAGAUCGUCAUUCAGAAUACACAUUAAAAUUUUUGAAAGAUGCAAUGUAUUAUUUUCUAACAGAGAAAGAUAACAAAGGUCACUUGAAAGCAAUUGAAAGUAUUUUAGAUUUUACUGAUUCAGAAAGAUUAGCUGUAUCAAAAGCCUUGAAAGCAAAAAAUUUGUGAUAUAAUUUAAGUGAUAAAAAUACAUUCCAAAGGGGGAAAAAAUCUUCCAGUUAAGAAAAUCUUAUUUUUCUUAUUCACUUUUCAUAUUUGUGUGUUAAAUUGUUUGUUUAAUUCAAGAUGCUAAUUUAGGAACAAAUUUAUUAUUUUUAUAUAAUUUUAGUAGGUACAAAGAUAUUUUAGAUAUAUUAUUACUUAAAUAUUCUUUGUUUUUAAUAUAUAUAUAUAUACACAUAUACACUAUUGUUGUUUUUUGUUACUUUAUUGCAUUCCACUUCAGAAACUGCAUUAUUAAGUUCUGCUUUUAAAAAUUUAAUAAAAUGAUUAAUAAUCAGUAUUACUGAUCUAA